ACCGCCCAGCUCUCCGUAUGCAGACAACAAGACGACUACCUCCGUCACCACCAUCAACACCAUUCUCAUCUGCUGCUUUAUGCCCGCCUUCCUGAGCGUGGCCCUGUGAAUUACUUCUAGUUGUUCAAUUUAUCCCUCUCCUAAAUCGCCACCAUGUCCAAAACCAAGUACCUCCUCGUCUCGCUCCCCACGUCUAUCACAACCUCCAACCAUCGCGACGAUGCUCUCGACGCUAUAUCCACAACGGUAUCACCCGAUAACGGCUCAGUAUCUCCCUUUCCGAUCCCCGAAUUCAAAAUCGGCACUCUAGAUGCUCUGGUGCAGCAGGCCGAUGAGCUGUCAAAGCUCGAGUCAGCCUGCCAAGGUGUCGUGAGCAAAGUGGGGGAUGCGUUGAAGAAUAUCUUGGACGAUGAGGCGCAGAUUGAUAAGAUGAAGGCUGUUAAUGACAAGCCGGUCGAUCAGUACUUGCGGACGUUCUCGUGGAAUAAAGUGAAGUAUCGCGCUGAUAAGCCUCUUCGGGAAUUGAUUGAUCUGCUACAGAAGGAAGCUGCCAGUAUCGACAAUGAUAUCCGCUCGAAAUACUCCCAAUACAACCAGGUCAAGAACAACCUGGCCACACUUCAACGAAAACAGACAGGUAACCUUUCCACCAAGUCCCUCGCAUCCGUAGUCGACCCUCGCAGCGUCAUUCAGGAUUCCGAGUUUAUCGAAACACAUCUCAUCGCGGUCCCCGCAACGCAAGUCAAAGACUUCCUGAAAUCAUACGAGACCGUGUCGUCUAUGGUUGUUCCCCGCUCCGCAAACCUGGUGGCAUCUGAUGACGAGUUUACGCUGUACGCGGUCACCACUUUCAAGAAACACAGCGGCGAAUUCAUCCACAAGUGCAGAGAGAACAAGUGGAUUCCACGAGACUUCAAGUACGUGGAGGGUGGAAAGGAGCAGGAGCGGAAGGAAGUCGAGCGUGUUGGCGGCGAUGAGCGGAAGCUCUGGAAUGAAACCCUCCGUCUGGGACGGACAGCAUGGAGCGAAGCUGUGAUGGUCUGGAUUCAUGUGCUUGUUCUCCGGGUGUUUGUCGAGACUGUACUCCGCUAUGGUCUUCCUCUUGAUUAUGUCUCCACGAUCAUUCGAACACCAACCCCGAAGCAAGCAGACAAGGCAAAACGGAACAUGGACGACAAGUACUCGUACCUGGCCGGCAAUGCCUUCGGGCGAGACAAGAAGGGUCGAGUCAAGAGGGACGACCCGGGCGAGGCAGGCGGCGAAGCCGGCGGAGCAGAGUACACGGCAUAUGUGUAUUACGACUUUGAGUUCAAUUGAAGCGAGCGUUGCGUUGGUAGAUGGUUGACGAGCGAUGUCUGGUCAUCUGUUGUUCUGGUUCAUUUUUCUUCACUACCCUGGUCGGUACUGAUACCUUCUUUCUCAUGUUUGAUAUGGUAGCAUACAUAUAUACAUUCUGCUUAGUUCUAUGGUUUGGCGAUGUUCGUGCUGUCUUGGAGUAGACUCGGCGUUAUCGUGAUACUUAGCGCACUCCAGCAGAAAAAUACGGCAUUUCGCAAUUGAUCCUAAAUGAC